CUGCACAAUGGGCUGGUAGCACCUUUCAGCACAACAUGGGGAUUGGGGACUCUGCUAUUGCUCCUACUCUGGAAGAAGUUCACUUACCGCAGGAGGAACAAGGUGGGAACUGAACAGGGACAUGUUAUGUGGUGUAGCAGUAGUUGGCCCUACAUCACAUAAACAGACAACUUGGAUAUAAAGAGCCAACAUUUCUCUUUAUACAAAUGAUCUUAUGUAUUCUGUUUCUGAUUCUAACGUUACUGAACAUGUCCCCUUUCAUCAUUAAUUAAAUGUAUAUCCAUGCUGUAGCCUAAUGAAUAAAUUAAGCCUUUAUAGCAAUUAGGCUACACUAGCCACUAUGAGCCCAAUGUGUGUAUGAUGAUGAUGUCUUCCAUUUCCCUUCCUCCAGAUCCAGUUGAUUAUCGAGCUUGUCUGGCCUCUGUUCCUGAUCCUGUUCCUCAUCUCAGUGCGUCGCUCUCAUCCUCCCUACAAACAGAGCCAAUGUGAGUGCCCAUCAUUCAGUCUUCUCUUGACGGUGCUGCUCCAGUGUAAACUGCCUACCAGCUCUGCUGUAACACACAGGUUAAACGCUCCCUCUCCCCCUUCUGAAAUUUCCAGCCAACCACAUAAGCUGGUUAGGUAAGAGUGAUUCUGGGUGCAACCUGUUAUGCUCUUCAUCUUUGUCUUAUUUAAGGACUCUUGUCAUGCAGUGGUUCAAUCACACAGUCAUAAUAUUGUAUGUAUUUCAGGUCGAUCUCAGUGUUUACAUUUGACUCCAUGGUUCAUUACAUUUAAAUUUUUGUCAUUUAGCAGACGCUCUUAUCCAGAGCGACUUACAGGAGCAAUUAGGGUUAAGUGCCUUGCUCAAGGGCACAUCGACAGAUUUUUCACCUAGUCUGCUCGGGGAUUAGAACCAGCGACCUUUCGGUUACUGGCACAACGAUCUUAACCACUAAGCUACCUGCCGCCCCGUUCAUGUCAGUGAGAGUGUUUAGACUCUGGUUUCAGGCCAAUCCUUGUCUCCCUAGGCAAACUGGUUGCCUCCCACAUUACAAUGCUCUGAUUGACAUUUCCGAGACUGGGCCAAUCCCUCUGUGUUGAAAGGAAAGUGAUUAUUCAAAUACAUUCAAAUAUAGCACAGGAACCGGGCAUUAGUUCACCAUGUUGACAUGUUUUGCAUGUCUCAGGACAAUCCCUCAGCCAGCACAUAUACAGUGCAUUCGGAAAGUAUUCAGACCCCUUCACUUUUCCCAAAUUUUGUUACGUUACAGCCUUAUUCUAAAACAGAUUUUUUUUUUUUAUUCCCUCAUCAAUCUACAUACAAUACAUCAUAAUGACAAGGCGAAAACAGUUUUUUUUUACAUUUCUGCCAAUGUAUAAAAAACAAACAAACAAAAAAAAAGUAUUUACAGAAGUAUUCAGAUCCUUUGCUAUGAGACUCGAAAUUGAGCUCAGGUGCAUCCUGUUUCCAUUGAUCAUCGGUGAGAUGUUUCUACAACUUGAUUGGAGUCCACCUGUGGUAAAUUAAAUGUAUUGGACAUGAUUUGGAAAGGCAGACACCUGUCAAUAUAAGGUCCCACAGUUGACAGUGCAUGUCAGAGCAAAAACCAAGCCAUGAGGUCGAAGGAAUUGUCCGUAGAGCUCCGAGACAGGAUUGUGUCAAGGCAAAGAUCUGUGGUAGGGUACGAAAAAAUGUCUGCAGCAUUGAAGGUUCCCAAGAACAUAGUGGCCUCCAUCAUUCUUAAAUGGAAGAAGUUUGGAACCACCAGAGCUGGGCCUUGGUCAGGGAGGGCCUUGGUCAGGGAGGUGAUGUCAGCAUACAAAUACACAAACACAACACAAUAUGACAUGCAACACAUUUACAUUUCCACAUAUUCAAAGUCUCUGCAGCCUACUCUCCGACCGUGUAUUGUGCCUGCAUCUGUCCUAUGUCCCACUGUUCAGCAGCCUGAAGGCUGGUUGAAUGAAACUUGCCUUGCUCCUAUUCUUACUGUGGGACCCUUAAUCAAUCAAGCAAAUGUAUUUAUAAAGCCCUUUUUACAUCAGCAGUUGUCAGAAUGUGCUUAUACAGAAACCGAGCCUAAAACCAUGCAAAGCAGAUGUUGAAGCACAGCUCAAAACAUUGAGCAAGAUUGUGUGUGGGGUCCUCUAUGAUGCGUUUGGCCCUUUCCCUUGCCCUUUUAUCAUAGAGGCCCUGAAGCCAGUCCGCCUGAGGAUAUCCUUUUUAGCCAGUGACAGCCAACUGUACCAGGCCAGGAAACAGAAAGUCAGCACACUCUAUAUGGCAGGUGUAGUAGUUGUAGUAGAGUGUCCUGGUGUUGACAUUAAGUUGUCUCAGGGACAGUCAUUGCUGGCAUUUUUUAUUGAUGUUCUGAGUGUUGGUAUUUAAAGAGAGUGUGCUGUCCAUGAUGGUUCCCAGGUACUUAAAACUCCCCACUCUCUCUACCUCUUCACCAACCAGGACUAGGUGACUCACUGGGUCUGCCUUCCUCUGGAAGUUAUUUUGUUUUGUUGAUGACAGUGUUUGUGUGUGGACAAAGUACUUAAUGGGUUGUUGUUGAACAUCAGGGAUUUGGGCCAGUUCUGUUUCAAUGUGUUUUGAUCAACUGUUCUCAGUCAAAUUAUGUUAUAAAAUAAAAGUACAUUAUUUAGGGCAUCAAUUGUAAUCAGAUAAUGUCUAAAAUGGUGGCAACUUUCCGUAUAUCUUCUAUAUUUAUUCAAACUGAACGUGAGUUGACGUCCAACCCUGCUGCACUUCACUGAGUUGUUUGAUAUGAAGCUUUAAUUGUAUAACAACCAAUCCAUAAAACCUGUUUAUCUCUCCAUCUCAUUCUCCUGCAGACUCUCUCGACUCUAAGUGGACUCCCAGACAAUCUUGUCCUACAGUGGCAACCAGACAGCCUUCUCUGGCUUUCAGGACCACCUAGAUACUAUACAGAGACUUGGAGAGAGGCCAAGUAUGUGGCAGUCUAUUCAAUGUAUUUCACUAGAUGGUAGUUGUGUAGUUGAGUUUGGUAUGUCCAGUUACGUGUUUAUGUAAUUGUUGUCCUAUCGAAGUGCAUGAAAUGAAGAAUAAACUUACGACAUACAAAAAUAUUCAGCCACUCUUGAUGGGAAAUGGAAUGCUCUGUACUAUAACAAAGGAUCACAUAUUAUGUCUGCUAAGCUCUUUUACAGUUUAAUUCUACCUGCUUAUUAUUGUCUUCCAAGAAUCAGCUACUGUACUGUAUGAAUUAAUCCAAAGACAACGAGAAAGGCUUACUUCAAAAGACUGAAUUGACCUGUACUUACAUAGGGCUUGGGAUAAUAUAUGUGUACUUGAGAUGGUGAAUACGGAUCAGAGUAUUCCAGUCUGUAAAUUCUCUUUGUUGAUUGUCUCAAACAAGUGCCAAGUAUGAAUGGUGUCAUGGGUCUGUCUGUGCUAUUUGUUGUUGUCCUGAUUCACGUUUUUUGUUUACAUCAAUACCUGAGAGCCAAUAAGACCUUCUCCAACUUCCUCCUGACCAAUGGCAGUCUGUCUCCCUCUGCUCUAGAACAGCUGUUGAGGGCUCGCCUGAACUUUCAGGUGGUAAGCACUGCAGUAAACCCCUCCAUGACACCACCAUCAACCACUGUAACACACAUUGACUCCCAGUCAGGCUAAAGGUAGCUCAUGAGCUCAACCAAGGGAGUAUGUGAUAACUGUGAUCUCAUGGUUUAAAUGUGUGUUUUGCACAGUAAAACCGUCCAAUUGAAUCAGCGGUUAACUUGAACCUGGCUAUAUACACAAUUACAACUACACUCUUAGAAAAAAGGGUUCCAAAAGGUUCCAAAAGGUUCCAAAAGGUUCCUUCGGCUGUCCCCAUAGGAUAACUCUUUGAAUAACCCUUUUGGGUUCCAUGUAGAAUCCUCUGUAGAAAGAGUUCUACCUGGAACCAAAAGGGUUCUGCUUGCAACCAAAAAGGGUUCUCCUAUGGGGACAGCCGAAGAACCCUUUAAGGUUCUACAUAGCACCUUUUUUUCUAAGAGUAUAUGAACAAAAAAUUCAUACCACUUGUUUUCCAUCAUAUGUGUCUAUGGGCAUCUUCUUGACCUUUUGUAUCUCUCUGUAGGUGUCUCUGGCAGGCACUGGGGUGAUGCUGAAGGAUAUUGUGUGCAAUGACACUGUGCUGAGCCAGUUCCUCACUGUGGAUGGAGAAGACUCUAUGGCUGAGCUGCAGAGCCAGUUCUGUGCCAUCCCAGCCGACACCUUGUAGCAAGCAGAGCAGCUCUUCCUCUCCCAGCUGGACUUCAGCAAGUUCUUCACGGUCAGUUGCGCUCACACACUCUGUCAGUGGCUGUUCAUGUUGUUGUGAAAGGAAAAAUAAAUUGUUGUCCUAUCGAAGUGCAUGAAAUGAAGAAUAAACUUACGACGUACAAAAAUAUUCAGCCACUCUUGAUGGGAAAUGGAAUGCUCUAUACUAUAACAAAGGAUCACAUAUUAUGUCUGCUAAGCUCUUUUACAGUUUAAUUCUACCUGCUUAUUAUUGUCUUCCAAGAAUCAGCUACUGUACUGUAUGAAUUAACUACUGUGUCAUGCUCUUAGCUGUGAACAAGAUAAGAGCAUCUGUCUUUCAUCCACUACACAAAACACUAUUCAGUUACAGGGGCUCCAUUGAAGCUCUAACAAAAAUAUGUACUCAACACAGUAGGAGUGGAAAUGAAUAGUCUGGCCUACAUAGUCCACUAAAUGCUAAAAUGGUGGCAAAUUUCCAUAUAUCUUCUAUAUUUAUUCAAACUGAACGUGAGUUGACGUCCAACCCUGCUGCACUUCACUGAGUUGUUUGAUAUGAAGCUUUAAUUGUAUAACAACCAAUCCAUAAAACCUGUUUAUCUCUCCAUCUCAUUCUCCUGCAGACUCUCUCGACUCUAAGUGGACUCCCAGACAAUAUUGUCCUACAGUGGCAACCAGACAGCCUUCUCUGGCUUUCAGGACCACCUAGAUACUAUACAGAGACUUGGAGAGAGGCCAGGCGCCUGGCCAAGUAUGUGGCAGUCUAUUCAAUGUAUUUCACUAGAUGGUAGUUGUGUAGUUGAGUUUGGUAUGUCCAGUUACGUGUUUAUGUAAUUGUUGUCCUAUCGAAGUGCAUGAAAUGAAGAAUAAACUUACGACGUACUAAAAUAUUCAGCCACUCUUGAUGGGAAAUGGAAUGCUCUAUACUAUAACAAAGGAUCACAUAUUAUGUCUGCUAAGCUCUUUUACAGUUUAAUUCUACCUGCUUAUUAUUGUCUUCUAAGAAUCAGCUACUGUACUGUAUGAAUUAAUCCAAAGACAACGAGAAAGGCUUACUUCAAAAGACUGAAUUGACCUGUACUUACAUAGGGCUUGGGAUAAUAUAUGUGUACUUGAGAUGGUGAAUACGGAUCAGAGUAUUCCAGUCUGUAAAUUCUCUUUGUUGAUUGUCUCAAACAAGUGCCAAGUAUGAAUGGUGUCAUGGGUCUGUCUGUGCUAUUUGUUGUUGUCCUGAUUCACGUUUUUUGUUUACAUCAAUACCUGAGAGCCAAUAAGACCUCCUCCAACUUCCUCCUGACCAAUGGCAGUCUGUCUCCCUCUGCUCUAGAACAGCUGUUGAGGGCUCGCCUGAACUUUCAGGUGGUAAGCACUGCAGUAAACCCCUCCAUGACACCACCAUCAACCACUGUAACACACAUUGACUCCCAGUCAGGCUAAAAGUAGCUCAUGAGCUCAACCAAGGGAGUAUGUGAUAACUGUGAUCUCAUGGUUUAAAUGUGUGUUUUGCACAGUAAAACCGUCCAAUUGAAUCAGCGGUUAACUUGAACCUGGCUAUAUACACAAUUACAACUACACUCUUAGAAAAAAGGGUUCCAAAAGGUUCCAAAAGGUUCCAAAAGGUUCCUUCGGCUGUCCCCAUAGGAUAACUCUUUGAAUAACCCUUUUGGGUUCCAUGUAGAAUCCUCUGUAGAAAGAGUUCUACCUGGAACCAAAAGGGUUCUGCUUGCAACCAAAAAGGGUUCUCCUAUGGGGACAGCCGAAGAACCCUUUAAGGUUCUACAUAGCACCUUUUUUUCUAAGAGUAUAUGAACAAAAAAUUCAUACCACUUGUUUUCCAUCAUAUGUGUCUAUGGGAAUCUUCUUGACCUUAUGUAUCUCUCUGUAGGUGUCUCUGGCAGGCACUGGGGUGAUGCUGAAGGAUAUUGUGUGCAAUGACACUGUGCUGAGCCAGUUCCUCACUGUGGAUGGAGAAGACUCUAUGGCUGAGCUGCAGAGCCAGUUCUGUGCCAUCCCAGCCGACACCUUGUAGCAAGCAGAGCAGCUCUUCCUCUCCCAGCUGGACUUCAGCAAGUUCUUCACGGUCAGUUGCGCUCACACACUCUGUCAGUGGCUGUUCAUGUUGUUGUGAAAGGAAAAAUAAAUUGUUGUCCUAUCGAAGUGCAUGAAAUGAAGAAUAAACUUACGACGUACAAAAAUAUUCAGCCACUCUUGAUGGGAAAUGGAAUGCUCUAGACUAUAACAAAGGAUCACAUAUUAUGUCCGCUUUUACAGUUUAAUUCUACCUGCUUAUUAUUGUCUUCCAAGAAUCAGCUACUGUACUGUAUGAAUUAACUACUGUGUCAUGCUCUUAGCUGUGAACAAGAUAAGAGCAUCUGUCUUUCAUCCACUACACAAAACACUAUUCAGUUACAGGGGCUCCAUUGAAGCUCUAACAAAAAUAUGUACUCAACACAGUAGGAGUGGAAAUGAAUAGUCUGGCCUACAUAGUCCACUAAAUGCUAUGAGAAUGUGGAGUAUAAAUUCUUGUUUAGUUUGGCCAUCUACUUUUGGAUUAUAUUAUUAUCUAUUUAUUUUCUCUGUUUUGAUAGAAUGAGCAGACCCUGGCUAUAUUUAGAAAUGUUUAGGUGAGCACAACAUGACUUGUAUUGGGGAACACAACUUUGUGAAGGCUGUUAGAAAGCUCAUAUACCAUAGCAUUUGUGCUAAUGGAGCGUUCCACUCCUAACACUAACAUAGAAUCUCACUGCACACAAUAGCGUCUCCCAUCUUCAGAGUCUCUAGAUGGAAGCAAUUGACAACAGAUCAAGCUAAGCCUUAAAAUGUAUCCUAGCUCUCCUUUCCUCCCUCAGAGAGACAGACUGGUGACUAACGCCGGUGACCUCCAGGUCAUCAGUCAAGCGGUCACCUCCAUGUCCAAGGAGUUGGCAGUACUCAUGAAUGAUGUAAGAAUACCCUCUUCUAUUCUUUGUUAUGGAUUUACUAUAUGUUUUAAUCAUUUCUACCAUCUGUUGUAUGAGUUGUUCUCAAUAUUAAAUACUAUUCUUCUCUACUGCUAUGUGAUGCAAUAAGUUAUAUCUCUUAGCUACCUUGUAAAUGAGGAUGAGCUGUUUCUAUAGUUCGACGUUCAAGCUUCAAUACCUGUUUUGAUAGCUUCGUGACACUGCCUAAAGGCAUUCUCACUCAGUAGUAGCAGAACAAUGCUUCACACCCACAUGCCGGAUAAUCCAUGAAUGUUGCAUCUCCCCUCUCUUUCUUCUCUCUCUCCUCUUUCUUUUUUUCUCUCUCUUUCAUCUCUUACUCUUUCUCUUCUCUCUACUCUUUUCCCCCGCUAGCUGUCCUCUCUCUCCAGCUUUAUGGAGUUGAAGUCGGAGCUGCGGCUGCUCUCACCAGAGAACCGCUCAGCCCUGCCACGGGAGAGCUUCAGGGCCUUCUCCAGGAUCAUGCGUGGCCACCCUGAGGUGGGUGGCAAGAUGAUACCUUCACUCAACUGGUACGAGAACAACAACAACAUUCCUGGGCAAGAACGGCACCGAGGACACCGACAUGAACAAGGA